AAAAAUUCAAAAGAAGCUGUUGCGUGUUGUAGAAUAGAGAAGGCAAAAAUGGCUUCAACCUUAGCUGUUUCAAUGGCUGUGCCAUUGACUCACUCCAGCCAAAGGAGGGUGCCAAGCUCUGACGCCUUCUUCAAGCCGCUGCCCAUUAGGCCAUCCAAGGCGGCUGCCGCCUGUACAAGAUCUGGCAGGAGGUUUGAAGUCAAGGCAUCUUCGCUCAAGGAAAAGGCGGUAACCGGCUUGACAGCAGCCUCACUGACGGCUUCCAUGGUCAUCCCCAAGGUGGCUGAGGCGGCACAAUCCGGGAUUUCUCCAUCUCUCAAGAACUUCUUGCUCAGCACUGUUGCUGGUGGUGUUGUGCUCGGAGUAAUUGUUGGGGCGGUAAUUAGUGUUGCCAACUUUGACCCCGUUAAGCGGACCUGAUCUUUUUAAUUUUUUGUACCUGUUCUAUGUCUCUGUUUCAAGUUCUAAGAAAUGAACUUUGCCUUC